CUGGGUUUUUAAUUACAGGUUAAAAAUACGGUCAUUGCAUUGCUUUCCUUUGUAUCACUGCGGAGUGGCACAACCCGGCUGUAAAUGUAUUGACCUAAUCCUAUCAAGAGGUCUCUGGGGCACGAGUAUAAAAGAAAAAGUCAGACGUAAAGUAGCAGUCACCCAAGGAGUCUAGAAGUGACAAGAAAGGCCGACUGCUGAGGCCAUCCUGCUGACAUCAGAAUGGCAGAAGAUUGGGGAAAACCGGCAUUUGCUGCCAGGCGGUACCAUGAGGACACAACAAGGGGGUCGGCCUUCAUGUACACAAACAGCAACCACACCAAAGAUCCCUUUGAAGGUCCCAACUACCACAUUGCCCCUCGAUGGAUUUACAACCUUGCAACACUCUGGAUGUUUGUUGUGGUCGUCGCUUCCGUCUUCACCAACGGUCUCGUCUUGGUGGCCACGGCAAAGUUCAAGAAACUCCGACACCCACUGAACUGGAUCUUGGUAAAUCUUGCAAUUGCUGAUCUCGGAGAAACCGUUUUUGCCAGCACCAUCAGUGUAUGCAAUCAGUUCUUUGGUUACUUCAUUCUGGGACACCCAAUGUGCGUCUUUGAGGGCUAUACUGUCUCAGUUUGUGGAAUCGCUGGUCUCUGGUCCCUCACUAUUAUCUCCUGGGAGAGAUGGAUAGUUGUGUGCAAACCUUUUGGAAACAUCAAGUUUGACGCUAAAUGGGCCACAGGUGGAAUCUUGUUCUCCUGGAUCUGGCCAAUAGUGUGGUGUGCACCCCCAAUCUUUGGCUGGAGCAGGUACUGGCCUCAUGGACUUAAGACCUCCUGUGGACCUGAUGUAUUUAGCGGAAGUGAAGACCCUGGAGUCCAGUCCUACAUGAUUGUUCUUAUGGUUACAUGUUGUUUCCUUCCCCUGGCUAUUAUCAUCUUGUGCUACCUUGCCGUCUGGUGGGCUAUCCAUUCAGUUGCAUUGCAGCAGAAGGAAUCAGAGUCAACCCAGAAAGCUGAGAAAGAUGUAUCCAGAAUGGUUGUUGUCAUGAUCUUGGCAUAUUGCGUAUGCUGGGGACCUUACACCUUUUUUGCAUGCUUUGCUGCGGCCAACCCAGGAUAUGCCUUCCAUCCUCUGGCUGCUGCCAUGCCCGCAUACUUUGCCAAGAGCGCCACCAUAUACAACCCAAUCAUCUAUGUCUUCAUGAACCGACAGUUCCGCACAUGCAUCAUGCAGCUCUUUGGCAAAGAAGUGGAUGAUGGCUCUGAAGUAUCCACAUCAAAGACAGAAGUCUCCUCUGUGGCUCCGGCAUAAACGUUGUGUUUUCUGUUUGAAAGAAAUAAUAAUAAUGACAACCAUUGCGAUGUGUACAGGAAAUAUGUAAUGUUCAUUUUUUUUUCUUUUUUAGUAAUAUAGCUUCAUGGCAAAUGGAAAAUGUAAAAAAAAAAUCAUCAUUAUCACUGUUUCCUUUUUUCAGAUGUAAAUAAAAAUAUCAAGCAAA